CAGCCAGCACCACGCGACGCACGCGCACAGACACACACCUUAAAAGCAAACUUUAACUCCACUUAAAUAUUUAUUAUUGAGACGCCUACGCGAUUAGGGAUGCAACGGGGGCUCCAGCUCACCUAUAAAGAGGCACUCGCGCUUCGAGGUGGGCAGCAGGUUGAGCGACUGACUGCAUCAACCCAAGGCUCGUACAACAGCAUUGUUGUUGAUACAACAAGACGGAAGAACAUCGCUGGUGAUGAUGAUGAUGGCGGCUGCCCCGUCCCGGGCCGGUCGCUUGCUGCUCACCUGGUUGCUGGUGUCAUAUGCCGUAACAACAGUGUCAUCACAAACAACAGCAACACCACAAAGACUCAAUGCCACAGCGGGCACAGAAUUGUCACAUGUCACUCAUGAAGCUGACUUACCGGUCCGGCUAGUGCAGGGUGGCUCGUGCUCCGGCCGCGUGGAGAUCCUCUACAGCGGGCGGUGGGGCACGGUGUGCGACGACAACUGGGGAAUUGAAGACGCGAGCGUGGUUUGCCGCCAGCUGGGCUGCGGUUACGCCGUGUACGCUCCGACCCACGCCCGCUUCGGCAUGGGCUCGGGCCCCAUCUGGAUGGACGAGGUGUACUGCAGCGGCUCCGAGUCCUAUCUGUCGCACUGCCUUUUUAAUGGUUGGAACAGCCACGACUGCAGCCACGGAGAGGACGCAUCCGUCAUCUGCUCACAUGAUGCCGGUAGCUACGGAACCACCGUCGAUGCCGGACCCACAACUGGCUAUUACGGGGCGUGCUACUCACACCCGUGUCAGAACGGGGGCAGCUGCACGAACCUUCCGUACUACCCCUACUACCGGUGCCACUGCCGCUCGUCCUGGACGGGCACCAACUGCGAAUACUACUACCACGAAUCAACUACUCUACCCGGAGCAGAGGAUACGACCCACUCUAGUGUUUGCCAGCGGAACCCAUGCCAGCAUGGCGGAACCUGUGUGGAAUAUUGGAACUACCCCUACUACCAGUGCUACUGCCCCUCGUACUGGUGGGGUACCAACUGCGAAUACUACGGAGCACAUUCUACGGACGCACCUGAAUCAACUACUCUACCCAGAGCAGAGGAUACGACCCACUCUAGUGUUUGCCAGCGGAACCCAUGCCAGCAUGGCGGAACCUGUGUGGAAUAUUGGAACUACCCCUACUACCAGUGCUACUGCCCCUCGUACUGGUGGGGUACCAACUGCGAAUACUACGGAGCACAUUCUACGGACGCACCUGAAUCAACUACCCUACCCGGCGCAGAGGAUACGACCCACUCUAGUGUUUGCCAGCGGAACCCAUGCCAGCAUGGCGGAACCUGUGCGGAAUAUUGGAACUACCCCUACUACCAGUGCUACUGCCCCUCGUACUGGUGGGGUACCAACUGCGAAUACUACGGAGCACAUUCUACGGAUGCACCUGAGCUCACAACUGGCUACUACGGGGCGUGCUACUCACACCCGUGUCAGAACGGGGGCAGCUGCACGAACCUUCCGUACUACCCUUACUACCGGUGCCACUGCCGCUCGUCCUGGACGGGCACCAACUGCGAAUACUACUACUACGGUUCCACUUCUUCACCCGAAUUGGAUUCUACUCUUUCACCUGACGUCCCGGUCCGGCUGGUCGGGGGAGGCUGGUGCCAGGGCCGCGUGGAGGUGUACUACGCGGGCUCGUGGGGAACCGUGUGCGACGACAGCUGGGACCGGCAGGACGCCGAGGUGGUGUGCCGUCAGCUGAGCUGCGGCUAUGCCGUGUCCGCUCCGAGCAACGCUCACUUUGGGGUCGGCAGCGGCCAGAUCUGGUUGGACGACGUAAAUUGUUAUGGCCAGGAGUCUUCUCUCGCCCGAUGCAACCACUCUGGGUGGGGUCGUCACAACUGCGGUCACAAUGAGGAUGCCUCCGUCAUCUGCUCACGAGCUCCCAGUACUACUCCAUCCGGCAACAUCACAUCGCCCACCAAUGCUCCCAGCAAUAGCACGUCAAGGAUAUUCCACUGCAACUCGAAUUACAUGGAGCUGCUGAUCCCCCUGAGCGAGAUCUCAUCGCGCGGGCUGUCCGUGUACGACAUCCGCCUUCAGGACCCGUCGUGCCACGCCACGGCGUACGGUCAAUACGCCCGGCUCUACGGGCCGCUCAACGGCUGUGGCUCCAGGACAGAGACGAGCGGCGACACCAUCAUAUACAUGAACACGGCGUACGGCUACGUGUCUCCAAACGGCGCCAAGCGGCUGCGGGUGCCCAUGUUCUGCUACAUGGGCUCGAGUGGCCGGGCAAUGGCGACCUUUACCCCCAGGGUGCAGGACGAAGUCAGCAUGGGACUCUUCGAUCUACGGGUGCGCUUCUACAUGAACCAAUUCUUCCACCAGCCCAUCUACUCCUACCCGUACGACGUCGAGCUGGGAGAGCCUCUCUACGCCGAGGUGGCGCUGACCUCGGCGGCCAGGGACCUUCAGCUCUUCCUGGAGACGUGCAAAGUCUCGCCCUACCCGGGAGCGCCGGACAGCGCCUCCUUUUUCCUGCUCCAGAACGGGUGCCGCGUUGACCCCUCCUACAGCGACUACAACAGCGGCGUCAACGACCGGCGGCGCUUCAGCUUCGACAGCGUGGAGUUCUUCGUCGGCGCGCAGGUGUACUUGGAGUGUUCGGUGCGCGUGUGCAACGUCUCGGACUGGGGCUCGCGGUGCCGUCGAGGCUGCUUGCGGGGAUCGCGGGCGGCACGCGACCUCGGGGAGGCGCGUCACGCCGACCACUCCGUCGACCUGUCCCAGGGCCCCAUCAGGCUGCGCAAGACUGGCAGAGCCUCCCUGGAGGAGCAUGGUAGCGCUGGGCUGCCUGGCUGGACGGGCAUGGUGUACGCCCUGGCUGCCACCCUGGCCGUCAGCGCCGUCUGCGUGGCUGCCGUGAAGAUCUACCGGCUCCGCGCCGGAAAGAUCCAAUACCAACCGCUCGUCGCCACCGAUGCCUUCACAACCUGAUGAGCUGCACAAUUAUAUUCACAGUCGUAGUGAAAAAGUUGAAGUGCUCGAUUCAAUUCACGGACGAAGCUAGAACAUUGGUAUGUCGAUUAAUUUCAAAGAGCCGUGUUCUUCAAAUGAUUUGUCAGGCAUUUUAAUCUCGGAUUUUUUUUGUUAAUGCCAGUUGUUUUUAUUAAUGCCUUUCUCUGUUCGUAAUCAUGUAGUUAGGGUUGUGGCUUUCAUCCUUGAACACUGCACAUGCAGAUCAACGCUUGAGUGAUUCUUUGUAUUGGGAGAUAUAUUUAAUAAAUGGCUGAAGUUCAA